AUGCGCUAUUGUAUCAUGGCCCUGAUUCUUCGGUGCGUCAGCUUCUCUACGGCAAAACUUGAGAGUUAUCAGACGCCUCAUAUACCGGAGGAACUGAAAACCUUUAAUUGUGAUGGAAAAGUCUAUGAUUAUAAUGACAUACAAUUCAAGAGGGUCUAUAGAGCAAGAUAUAGCGUGUAUUAUUUAGAGGACAGCGACAUGACGAGGUUUGGUGACAUAGCCAGAGCGCAAGGCAUCAACACAGGAGUCAUGUAUCACGACGAAUCAACGACCACCAAGUAUCAUUUCUUGAGCUUUUAUUUUGCACCUGAAUCAACCGGAGAUAUGGAGUACUUUUUCGUUUAUGAUGAUCAAUCGCGAGCAUGUGCCAUGAUCAUCAGAUCUACAGGGCGUCCAAUUCCUGGUAAAUAUAGAUCGGAUUCCAGCGAACAGCCUGCUCCAAAAUACAGGUUCUGCCAACUUCAACAACAAUUUACUGACUGA